ACGAGGUGGACCUCUCGCACCUGCCCGCCGAGGAGCGAUGGAGGAUCGAGCACGCUCGGAUGCACGCCAAGCACCGUGGCCACGAGGCCAUGCAUGCAGAAAUGGUCCUGAUCCUGAUCGCCACGCUGGUGGUGGCCCAGCUCCUCCUGGUGCAGUGGAAGCAAAGGCACCCACGCUCCUACAACAUGGUGACGCUUUUCCAGAUGUGGGUCGUCCCCCUUUACUUCACAGUCAAGCUGCACUGGUGGCGGUUCCUCGUGAUCUGGAUCUUCUUUUCAGCCGUCACCGCUUUCGUCACCUUCAGAGCAACACGGAAACCUCUCGUCCAGACGACGCCCAGGUUGGUUUACAAAUGGUUCCUGUUGAUAUACAAGAUCAGCUACGCCACCGGGAUUGUUGGGUACAUGGCCGUCAUGUUUACCCUCUUUGGUCUUAAUUUAUUAUUCAGAAUCAAGCCGGAAGAUGGGAUGGACUUCGGGAUUUCUCUCCUGUUCUACGGCCUCUAUUACGGCGUGUUGGAGCGCGACUUCGCAGAAAUGUGUGCCGAUUACAUGGCCUCCACCAUCGGGUUCUACAGCGCCUCGGGGAUGCCAACGAAGCACCUCUCGGACAGCGUCUGCGCCGUCUGCGGCCAGCAGAUCUUUGUGGACGUGAACGAAGAGGGGAUCAUCGAAAACACCUACCGUCUCUCCUGCAAUCAUGUCUUCCAUGAGUUCUGCAUCCGGGGCUGGUGCAUCGUCGGGAAGAAACAGACCUGUCCGUACUGCAAGGAGAAGGUGGACCUCAAGCGGAUGUUCAGCAACCCCUGGGAACGGCCGCACGUCAUGUACGGGCAGCUCCUCGACUGGCUGCGCUACUUGGUAGCCUGGCAGCCGGUGAUCAUAGGACUGGUACAGGGCAUCAACUACAUCCUGGGACUGGAGUAGCCUUCCUCUUCUUCUUCCUCUUCCUCCCCCUCUCCCUCCCAUCCCUAUUCCGGAUCCCUCUCCCCUCCACCAGCACCCCUCUGGGGGGUUCCGCCCGCCGAGCUGCGCGACAGAGGAGGAGGAGGAGGACGACGACAAAGACGACAACAGCAGCAGCAGCAGCGUUGAGACCCCAAGGAGGGGUGUUUUUAAUGGCUUUACACCUCUCACGAUUGUGGCCUCCUCCUGCCACAAAUCGUGGCUCCAUCAGCUCCAACGGAAAGGACCGUGCGCAAGACGGAGCCUGUCGAGGCCGGCUUGGACUGCCUGCAGGUUGGGAGGGAGGAGAGUCUCUUUUAAAAAAAAACAAAAAACAAGAGAGAGAGAAAGAGAGAGAAAUAAUUAUUUUAAUGAGCAUAUUCAAAAUAGUUUUAUUGCUGGGGUAAAAAAGGAAACGGCUUUCCCCGGCCCUCCUUCCUCCUCCACUGCCAUGUGAUGCCAUGUCCCGCCUGCUGUGCUCCCUCAAAGGACUAAGCCCAGGGCGGCGAUGGCAUCGUUCCCCCCCCCUCCUCCUCCGCUGCUGCCUGCUCCUCUUGUAGGCAAGCAGAAUCCCACGCCCGCUAGCCCCUGGAGCCUUCUCAAGAAGCAAGAGCGGGCCAGAGGCCCCAUUGGCUCGCGGGAGCCAGAGUUUCGGGGUCCAGGAUCCGUCCCUCUCUCUCUCACACACACACAGCAUCCUCCCCUAGAGGCAGAAGAACCCUGGAGGCUCGCCGGGAAGGGUCACCUCUGGGUGGGGAGUAGCCCUCCGUGAGCUCUUUUUUGGGGGGGAGGGGGAGAGAUUGAGAGAAAGAGAGGGAUCCCCUUCUUAAGUUGUUGCAGAGAGAAAGCACCUGUUGGGAGCACCUUGCGUGUAUCCUGCCCCCAUGGGGCACCAGGUCCACCCGUGGUCUGGGCUGGAUUUCACAUCUGGCCUUGUUCAGACAGAUGUGUCUCUCUCUGUGUGUCCAUAUUUUUGCACUAUUUUGUAACAUCCUCUGGACGAAUUCUAGCAGUGUCUCUGUGCACGCCACACCGCCGCUCCGUACUUUUCUACAAGAGUGUGCGUUUUGCUGGUCCUUGCGGAGCGAGUCAAGCAUCGGCACCCCUUGUGCAACUGUGGCUGGACUGUUACGUGGCUUUCCGGCCGUUCUCUUUUCCCCCUUCCCGGAAGUGGGUCCAUUCGGUGUGUUGGAUCCUCAGGCCAGAUGCAGGAAGGGUUUGGGGAGAGGCCAGAUUCGGCCCAUGCCCUCUGAGGCCUUCCAGAGCGCCUGCCGCGUGGGCGGCUGAGAGUCUCAACCAAAGCAAACCGGCACCAGCCGAUGCCUGCCCUCCUGCUCCUGCCAUGGUAGAUGGGUAUCCCUGGAUGCCCUCGCUUUACCUGGGUGUGGUGGUCAGGCGGAAUGGAAAAACACGCCAGCCAGUUGGAGAACCAAAUGUCCUGAGGUGCAGCUGGCACUUUCUGGGCAGAGAAGGUGGGAGAGCUCUUCAGCAGUGAGUAAUGAAUGGUCUCGGGUUUGGGGCCCAGUCAACGCCCCCGGCCUGUCCGGGGAAUCCCCCUCGGUCGCUCCUCCCUCCCUGGUGGCCUUCAGAGUCGGACCUCGGGCUUCCUGGCACAAGACGGUGAGUGGCCGGGAAUUCCUGACGCUGUGCCAGGACCCCCCCUUUGAAAGGAAAACAGAGAUGGCGUCCCACUGUCCUUUUCAGGUCCCUUCGGGGGUUAUCCGAGUAGCCCAGGGACGCCGGCAGAACGUGGGGCCAGCUGGAGCCCUUUUUAAAGAAGCCAUUGCAGACCACGAGACCCUGGGCUCCGGCCACCAGCCGUUCUCGCUUGGCCCCUCCCCAGUGGCGGGAGGCGUUUCCCUGCGCCAUCGUCUCUGGCGGUGCCCUUCCCGCUGCCUCUGUCCUGUGAGAAGGGCCCCUCUUGGCACGGCUCUCCGAACCCAGCCACCUCCUGUCCACGAGAAACUCUUCGCGCCAGGCAGCCUUGAGGAGCGGUUGCCUUGCCCUCCUGUCCUUCACGCUGACCCGUCUUGCGGGAGUGCUUCAGAGUUGGGGUGCUGUUUCCAGGGUGGCCUUUGUUCCACGGGGCCUCUUCACCAGUGCCCACUCGGGCAUGGAGCUGGUCAUUCCGGCCGGCCAGACCGCGUGGUCAGAGGGUGUGCAGGGGUGAAGAAGAGCAUUGGCGGGUUUUGAAAUCCAUCAAGCAACUCGGCUCAUUCGGGACCGGAGAAAGCCAUGUGAUGAAGGGGCGGCUGGCAGGGCCGUUUGCUUCCACUGGGGUGGGGAGACCUUACGACUGCUGUUUAGCCCCCCCCAGAACGUGGCUUGCUGUACUCGCAGAAACAGUUUUGACUUCUCACGGCAACCUUGUCAAAAGCCCCAGAACUGAUGCCAGCAGCCGAGGAUGAUGGGAAGAUGCUUUGAAAGUCUCGGUUUGGGCCGUACGUUUUUGUUUUCUGAAAACAUGUAAUAAAUUCUGCUCUAUGGC